AUAAUAUGAUUGGAGAAUAAAAUAAUAAUAAAAAUUUUGCAAAAAGAGAUUUCAUGUUAUAAUAAAGGUUAGAAUGGCCCUAUAAAAAAGCAAAGGAGACUGAUUCAUUCAAGGCCCGUCUCGCUCGCCUAACACUUACACCACACACACUCUCACGCCUUUCUCUCUUUCAUUAUUCAAAAUCUAAUGUUCUAAGCUUUUACUUAUCCUCUCAUCAUCCCUUCCAUUAGAAGCUGUACAGUUAAAAUCUUAAGGUAAUCAUCUCCUCUCUCUCUCACUCGUUCUCUGUUCACCACCGUCCGUAGAUUCUCUUAGAUCAACGGUUCGAUCUGUAGAUUACGUCUUUAGAUCUGUGAAUUUCGUUUCGUGUUCGUGGAACUCUGAUUCGAUUCUACGUGACUGCGAGUACUGCUCAGGUUUUUUUUUUAAAUUCGAAACGAUGAAUCAGUGGGCGGUUCAGCCAAACGCUUUCGUUACCGGAGGAGGAGGAGAUCAGAGUGUUGUAGUUUGCCCGAAACCACGUCGUAUUGGACUCAUUAACCAUCAUCUCCACCAUCCCUCUCGCUCUCUGCGGUGUUACUUCAGCCACCAGGUUGAAUCCAAGGCAGAGACUGAUAUUUUAGAUAUCAUCCUCACCAAGGAUGGUUAUGGUACGGAAACAGUUAACCAUACGCAGGUAUUAGACUCGGCGUCCCCGUUUUUAUGUGGGUCGCCGCCGAGCAGAGUCGCUAACCCAUUAACACAAGAUGCUCGUUUCAGAGAUGAGAUGAAGCUGGUUUCUUCACCGAUCAUGACUCCGCGGGGCCAACCUCCGUCGUCUCCGUCUUCCUCGGGGAGGAAAGGAGGAUGCGUGACGGAGGCAGAAGAUGAGUUGUUGAGGAGACGGGAGAAUGAUAUUUGA